AUGGAUGCUGCAAGAGCAGCAUUGGAGAAUUUGUCAAAUGUUUUGGAGAAGCAGAAUACUCUGGUUGAUAAGUUCAUUCGAGGUGUUCAUGGCAAUCGCCAAUUGAAACUUGAUUUUGGUCCGUCAGCUCUUACAGAAUUACCAUCUUUGGCGUUCGACUUUAAUUCCUUUUUUUACGUUUAUUACUCUGGUCUUCCGUUAUUAGAUAAGUACCUACAUUCAUUGAAACGAAUGUGCGAACUUCACCUUUGGAAGAUUCAAAGACAUCGUCGUAAGUAUUAUCCUUCAAAAUUCGUGAUUGAAGGUCGUACGGAUACUCCUGGUUGUUUUGUUGGUGAGGAGAAUCAUCGUUGUCUUGUUGAAGAGGUGCUUUUACCUUGUCUCAAUGAUCUUGGUGUCUCAGACAUGUUCCCAGAACCUCUGUCUUUCGAAAAUGCUGCUCGUUUUGGUGUUGGGAAAGUCUAG